AUGGGCAAAACUCGAGCAACCGCGGCGUCAAGGUCAGAACCUAGGAGGGGCUCAAUAGAUUACUCGACCGCCUCUCAAGUCAAGGCCAGCGUAAACUAUAGGGAGUGUCAACGAAAUCAUGCUGCUUACGCCGGAGGUUAUGCAAUAGAUGGAUGUAGAGAGUUCAUGCCUAGUGGAAAUGAAGGUACUAAUCGCGCUCUUGUGUGUGCUGCAUGUGGUUGUCACCGGAACUUCCAUCGUCGGGAAGUCGAUUCCGGGGUUGAUUCCGAGUCCUCCUCGGCAAAUUCAUCAACGGGACCUUAA